AUGACUUCGGUACUUCUAGAUCAGGUAAACCGCCAACAGGUCCUGGGAAGCUCAAUGGGUGAUCGCGUUCCCCUCAAUGUCUCCCAUCCCAAUCCCUCAUUGCAGGUGACCGCAGACCACAAGCUCAAAUCCGUCAACACACCUGUUUAUGCCCCCAAACCCGGCGAGGUAUUGGUUCAUAUCAAAGCAACUGGAAUUUGCGGAUCGGAUAUUCAUUUCUGGAAAACCGGGCGCAUUGGAUCGUUGGUAUUUGAAGGUGACUGCACCAUUGGGCAUGAAGCUUCGGGCAUCGUGCUGCAGUGUGGUAAGGGGGUCAACCAUUUGAAGCCAGGUGAUCGAGUUGCUGUUGAACCUGGCGUUCCCUGUGAACACUGCUUCCUCUGUGACGAGGGACGUUAUAACCUAUGCGAGGAUGUCCAGUUCGCUGGCGUUUACCCUUACGAAGGUACCAUUCAGCGUUACAAGAACCACCCUGCGAAAUGGCUACACAAGCUACCAGAUAACGUAACUUUUGCGGAAGGCGCACUUCUCGAGCCACUUUCAGUGGUGAUGCAUGGCGUCAAGACGGCUGGUCUUUCACUGGGACGUGGUGUAGUUGUAUGCGGUGCAGGCCCCAUUGGCCUGAUCGCCUUAGCUGCAGCACGAGCCUCGGGCGCACACCCUAUCGUGGUGACAGAUCUAGAGCCCUCUCGACUGGCCUUUGCGAAAGAUUUUGUCCCUUCCUGCAUUACCUAUGAGGUCGACCGUACAAAGGAUUCCAAGGGUAAUGCAGAGGCUAUUCGUGCUCUCUUCGGGUCUGAGGAAUAUUUUGCGCCGGAAACUAUCCUCGAGUGUACUGGCGUGGAAAGCAGUGUAUGUACCGCUGCAUACACUGCACGGCGGGGUGGCACUGUGAUGGUCAUUGGCGUAGGAAAAGCGAUCAUGAACAACCUACCUUUUAUGCAUAUUUCUCUCGCCGAGAUCGAUCUCCGAUUCAUCAACCGUUAUCGUGACACCUGGCCCCCGGCAAUCGCCUGCCUAAGUGGUGGAAUCUUGGACCUAAAGAAGCUGGUGUCGCAUGUAUUCCCACUUGAAAGGGCUGAGGAUGCGCUUCACCUGUGCGCUGAUACUCGAAAUGGUAGUAUCAAGGUGUUGGUGGUCGAUGAGCAGGAGGCUUCCGUAUAG